AUGUGGGAUUCUACUGUUUUGUGUUUCAAGGCUGAGCCAUCAAGUACUAAUAAAGAAGCAGUAACUCCUACCGUCCCUCCAAGAUGCAAAAAGCGUCGCGUUGCUGAAUUGAAGUGCUCUGAAGUGAGGUGGUUUUACAGAAGAAUUGGAGAGACGAAGUGGACGGCAUUCAGAGGUAGAGACUCACUUUUUCUUGAAGUGUGCUGGAGAAAAAACAAUAGCGUCGAGUUAGACAGUGUUACGAAAAAGCACUUAUCUUUAUUAAAACAUUGCGACAAUUUAACUUCAGUAGUCGUUCUGGAUGGCCAUUACAGAAGCAAUAAUGACUUCAGUCUUGUGUCCGCUAUUUAUUGGAAAGAUGACGAUAUAGAAAUUAGACGAGGAACUUGGUUUUUAUUGGACACCCUCCAACCAAUUACGCCUGAAUUAGCAGAACCAAUCGAAAAGCAUCAUUUGCGCUAUUUUAGUCUUCAGGUUAUUCCCGACUCCCCAGUAUUCUCAGAAAAAGAAGCGAGUAGGAAACCAGUUUUAACGGAGCUUAAAUUGGAUGACCAAUCGGAAGUUAAAUGGAACUCUGUAAUAGAUAUUGUCUUGUACAACACUUCGAAAACUAGUCGGUUUUUGCGGUACAUAAGUUGGGGAAGAGGUACUUUUUUGAAACGUGGCUAUGAAGAAGCCGAUUGGAACGAUGGUGGGAGAGAAAUCAGUCACUUGAUAUUUGUUGUGCAUGGUGUUGGUCAGAAAGGAUAUGAAAGCUUGAUCGCACGGAAUACUGAACAAGUACGUAGCACUGUGUAUACACAUAUGGAAAGAAAUUAUCCAGAUGAGAAGUCGCGCCCUAUGAUUUUGCCUGUUGAAUGGCGAACUUCCCUCGUUUUAGACGAUGGAUUAACCGAUUUAAUAACUCUUCCGAAAAUGUCCAGUGUUAGACGAAUGUUGAAUUCGACAGUUCUUGAUAUCAUGUAUUACCAGUCACCACUUUAUAGAAAGGAGAUCAUGGGAGGAUUGGUCAAGUCGCUCAAUAAAGCGUACAAUCUUUUUAUCGAGCAUCAUCCAGAUUAUUCAGGUCCCAUUUCACUGUUCGCUCAUUCCCUUGGCUCUGUAAUGUGUUAUGACAUUCUGACUAAUUGGUCGCCGCUAACGCUCUACGACACGUUUGUUUCUAACGCCGUUGUAAGAUUAUUUUGUGACAUUAAUGCAGAUGCUUUGCAAGAAUUUCAAGCAGCUAGAAAAAGUGAUUUAAUUUAUACUUCGAAGUUGUUCUGGGGCUUUAAGGUCACUAAUUUGUUCUGUAUUGGAUCCCCGCUAGCCGUUUUUUUGAUUAUGCGUGGCGCAAAGUCAGUACUUGGCGAACGGAACAAAAUUCGUCGCUUGUUUAAUAUUUUUCAUCCCUACGACCCCGUGGUA